AUGGAAGUUCUGCAAACCCCUCCACAGGCAAACUCAUUUACGCCAUUGGCGGAACAUCAAUCACGCACACCCCAGUCAUUUUACGACGGUGCACCGGUCCUACACUACCACAGUACUCGAUGCAAGGUCGUAAUUCUGGAAAGCGAACUGACCAGAUCACCGGCUUUGCGCACUCUGCGCGGAACAGCCUCCGAGACAAAUGGGGCGUCUGGAGCUGCUCAUGAUGCUUCUGAGGAGAAGGAGAUAGCUGUUGACGGUGUUGAUAUCUGGGUGGCUUCUGAUAAAUUCUUCCUCUACCGGCCUGACGCUGGUGCAGGGGUCGCGAUUCCUUACCCACUCAUCUCCCUUCAUGCCAUUCAACGACUCCGUUUACCAGACACGCCAGAAGGCGCAGGGGAGGUUCAAGGACUGUAUAUGCAAAUCGCGAACCCAACUACAGCCGACAACACUGGUGCCGAGGAGGAUGAAGAGGAGGACAGCAUCAACCUCACCGUUGUCCCCCCAUCUACCGCCGAAGCUGCGAGUGCUGCGCUCGGCUCGUAUUCUGCGGGCACCGAGACUGCUGCGCUUGCAUCUGAUGAAAUGGCAGCGGAGGCGGGCGUGGAUAUAAAACCAGAAGAGACCACGACACAAGCGCUGUACCAGGCUGUAUCGGCUUGUUCGAAUCUCCACCCGGACCCCAUUGCACCGGGUGAGGGCGAUGAUGAUGACGCUUAUGAGGGUACUGAGCAACCGGGAGUUGGAGAUCUCUUGCAGGCUGGAUUAAUUGUUCCAGGCGCCGCCGAUGGCGGGUUACCGCCACCGAUGCAUGGAAGUUCGGGCUGGAUCACGGCUGACAAUAUUGGCGAGUAUUUUGACGAAGAAGGUAACUGGAUUGGUGAAGGUGAGCCGCCUACUUUACCGGGAUUGGGCCCUGGGGCAGGAAACGUGCAUGAUAGGGAUGACGGAGAGGUCGGUGAAAAUGGGGAAGUGGAUGAUGAGACGAAAUGGAGAAGGACUGAUUAA